CACGGUAGUACUUUCACUAAACAAUCUUCCUGCGGUUUUAACAAACUCUUGGUCUUAAUGGUGUGAGUUCCUUCUCGACGCACUCAUCAGAUCUAAAAGGCACAGACCUCAGUGAAUAUGCAAAGGAUUCUGUUAAUGUGCUUCCAAAAAGACCAAGAAGUGAUUAGGACCUGAAUAAUAAAUUUGCCCCAGGGGUACAAAAACCUCAUUCAACCGGAAACGCGUGAGUACUUGACAUCUAUUGUAUUUUUGACAUGAUUGAUAGAGGUGUGGCCAUUUGUCACUUGAAACUAUUGAAAUUUCACACAAAAUUCAACCAAAGCCAACAUACCGAGACCAGUGAAAUACUAAGCCAAUCAAAAUUCACUUGCAAAGGAAUUUGUGUCGUUGUUUGGCUGUGCUUAACGCUGAAUCACUAAGAGAAUUGGAAUAUCGACUUUUUCCGGACAAAAUUUCCCCUUUGUCGCUCUAUACAUCUUCAUGAAAGCAAGGCAUCUGUCACGGUGACAUCAAAUAGAAAAUAAUUCGCUAUUUGGCACUACGUCAGUAUUGUGCCAUCAGAUUGACAACAAGCAAAUGAAUUGUCUGCGCAGCCCCAAGAUAAACCAGGCAACUUGAGAAGUGGAGGGCACCUAAAGAUCAUCUAACCUAGAAAAUCACUUAUCUCCGUAGUUAUCCUGCAAUCGUUGGACCGAUUGACGAAUUUCUACGGUGAACAGUAUGUUAAUUCGUAAAGGAAGGCUUCGGUCGAUGUGAGGAUGCAGGAAAAGCGGUGUUGGUGGAUAUUGUUGGUUAACUUUAUAAUCAAUUCGCAGACUGCUCAACCCGGUAAGUAGAUAUCUAAAUACUCCAUUGUUUUAUAAUAUUUACAUGUAAAGGAAAAAGGGCCUUCCUUGUUUAAAGUUUGGUUAAAACGGUUGACUCGGACAGAUCUUUGUACGAGUUAAUGUAAAAUGAAAACGGUUUCCGCUUUUUCUGUCAGCCUAAAUUAAAAGUCGUGUGUGAGAUCUCGUCACGCUUCGAAAAUCAAUUUGAAGUAAUAUGUCAAGAUCAAUGGCUCUAUUCAUUAGAAUCAUGCAAGGAAAACUCGUUAUUACUAGACGGGUCAAAGGAAAUGCUACAGAAUAGCUUCACGUACAUUCGCGAAUGUUUGUUCAACGCUUAAGCAUAGCAAAGUAGAUAGCAAAUAAGACACUCGGUCAUCACAAGCUGCUGUUUACCAUUUGCAUUGUGUUCGGCAUUGUUGCCUUGUGAUAUUUCUGGUCUCUCCAGCUGCUCUUAACGCCUUCACGUUUUAUCAGUCAUUCAAAGAGUAAAGAGCAUAUUCGCACUGUACUCGCGAUUCAAGCGAAAGGUUAUGGUCCUAAGUCACAAUAAACAAUAUUCGAGGGAAAAUCGUUUUCCGUCGAAAAACAAUUCCGUGUUCGUGAUCGUUUUAUGGCCACCUUGAUUUCUUCGGCGACAAGGUGCCAAUAUCCCAAAUGGAAGUGAUAUAGGAACUAACACUAAUCAUAUUUUAAUAAAAAUAUUCAACAAAUGCUAACUUUGAACAAAGGUUUGUAUGAUUUUGACCCUGUUUCCUUUCUUUUUGAGAAAAGACGCUCGUAUAUUGCUCGUAGGCAAUUUUAUUUAAUACCACCGAUCGCAAUGGACGCUGCCACGCGUUAUUAAAACAUCCAAAACUCACGGGGUGUUGGGCUCCAACGUUUAUCAACGGGCUUUCUACUAGUUUGUCUUCUACCCGGGAAUUAGGAACUUAUUAAAAGUUCUCGGUAGAUCCUCGCCAGGCGGUGCGGCCUUAUCGAAAAUGCUGCGGUUUGCUAUCGAUCAAUCGACAUGUUACCCUCUCGCUCUCAAAAGUGGCUCUCGAAAGUUAGAUUUGGAGAGAAAUUUCUUUGUUGGAUCCUGUAGAAAUAUAUAGAACCACUCAAAAAGUACCUCAAAGAAGUUUCUCUCGUAGGAUCUAAGAUUAUACACAGAACUGCACUAAAAGUAAUGUUGAGGAGAAUUUUGUAUCCUGAACCAAAACCUUCAAGCUAACUUACUCGCAUUAAAUAUUAACAAUUUGACGGUUGAAUGAGAGGGAAUGUAAUAAAGAAAUGAGUUUACACUACAAACCAUUUGGUUUUAUACUGUAAAUGGAAAAAAGGAUAGGUUGCACUGCUAAAAUUUCUUUCUGAGAACCUCAAGAUACUAAACCCAUGACUUUAGAGAGAUUGACCCCUUGAUAGGUUUUAAAAAUAGCUGGUAGUUCAGUUUCCAGUUUUUUUUUCUCCAGUCUCAGUGAAACGGUCAUGAUGCACGUUGCUGCUCAAUUUCUCACAGAACGGACGAUCGUACGCAAUCUAGACAAAAGUGAGCCACAGGCAUAUUUUUUUGCGCUUAGAAUAGUUCUCUUGUAUCAAAGAUCAAAGCAAGCAAGCAACAUUUCUACUAGUUCUAGAAUCAGUAAGAACCUAUGUAGGGAAAUUCUCUUACUGUUCUUUAACUUUCUACUAGUUUUAGCUGCCCUUUUUUCCUGCAAAUUGACAGUCAAAUAGAUGCUAAGCCAACAACUCGUUCCCUGGGAUACGUAGUGGAAAUUGCGGUCACCAAAUAAUGAACAGGAAACCAUGAUAUGGGGAUGUAUGUUUACACUUUUACUUGACGAGUUAUUGUGUGAGCAGAGAUACGAGGUGAAAGAAAGAUAACAGAGACUGAUCAUUUUUUCUCAGAAAAACAUUUCUGAAAUCGUUUUGAAAAAGCAAAUGUUGCGAAUGCGAGAAAGCUUUGAUCUUUCAUCACAACUUGAAUUAGGUUUUGUUAUAUGUGUCAAGAUUUUCCCUAUCAUAUAACAUGCUUUCUGAGCGGCAAGUCGGCAAGAAAGCAUGUUUUGCGUCUGUCUGUGCGUUUGAUGCAUUUUUUUUAUCGGUGGUUUCGUGACGACCUCGACUACGAAGCGGGCAGAUUUAGACUUAGACAAAUAUAUGGUAACGUAAACAAAUGACUUGGUACAAAGUACAAGCCAAGACCAAAAGUAUAAUCCCGUGUUGUUUAUGAAAGUCAAUGACGAGAAUUUCCGGCGGAACGUACGAGUAACUGAAGCUGUGGAGAACAUAACAAACAGGGUUUGAGUUUUCGAUAAAUUAAUGUUCUAUCGAUAACUUAAAACGAGUAAAUAUUUAUUUCCUUAUUUAAACUUUGCGCGAGGUUCCAAAGGAAGCUCAACACACCUCGAAAUGAAAUAAACUAUAUUGCACUAGCAAUUAAGAAUACCGAAAUAACAUCUUAAAAAAGUGAAAUGUAAUCGGUGAAACUCGCUUCAUUCUUGGUACAACACAUAAUGAAACAUUAACCCAUAAAACCAGCAAAUAGUUUUUUGGAGAAUCUAAAUUUCGUAAUUUUGAUAUCCUCGUAGAGAACAGUGUGACCUUGUAUCACAUUGAGGAUCCGAACUGUCUACGCCGCGUAAUAUCAAAUUUAUAAAUACCGCGUGGUAUAUGAGUGAUCAAAUACUUAAGGGCGUCAAGCCCUAAGGGGAAAUAUGCAAUAAUUCUUACUUCGAUAACACGAUUAUAUGAACUGUACUGCCGGUGUAAAAUCUGUCUCCUAGGAAUGGCAUUAUCGCUCAGCAAAGCUAAGCAUAGUUGCAAUAUUUGUUACUACAAGAAUGGGGUUUUACUGCGCUUUUUCACUCCAAAACUAAUAGCAAACGAUUAAUAUUAUUAAAACUGACUUGAAAUAUUAAUUAUUAAAUCUUUACAGACAAUUAUCCACCACGUGUUCAAGAUACUCUAAAACCACUGAAUGUCGCUAGAUUAGGAGAUAUAAAACGGUUAAGAUGUGCUGUGACAGGGCUUCCACCACCGAAUAUCACAUGGAUUAAAAACGACCAGCCUUUGCACCAGUCUGAGAGGAUAAGAAAGCUAAACAAGAACAGAACUAUUAAGAUCAAAGGAGUCCGACUUGAUGACCAAGGCAACUACACCUGUAUUGCUGAAAAUCCUCUCGGUAAAGUCAACCUGACGCUCCAGUUAAACGUGCGUCAUGAUGAAAUUCUGACAACUACUGGUUCACCACUAGCAACUAAAAGACCCACAACUAAGCAUCAGGCUAGAGGUAGGCAGUCAUAUAAGAUCUACAGAGAAGCACCUCAUCAUGAGUUUGUUCAUAAUGGUUCCACCUUCUUGAUUUGCAGAACCAACCCUAAUACUUUGGUGGCUAUUUAUAAGUUUGACUUAAAAAUGAAAAAAAAUUGGACUGCAGAAACGCUUUCCGCGACUUUUCGACACUUUGCACCCUAGGCCCAGAUCAUGCACCCUCGAGUACGCACAAGUAUCUAAGCCGGCAUACACUUUUUUUUUUAAGAACCUUUUUUUUUUUACAAGAAAUUGAAAUACUAUACCACGCUCAAAUCGCAAAAAAAUUAGAACGUUCAGCCCCAGCCCCAAAAUUACGCCUUGUUAUAAAAAAAGUGUAUCCUAACAACAAUAAGUACCGUUAUUUCUCCCUGACCACAAUUUUGGAGAUACGUACGAGGUCUUUCGAAACGAUCUCUCUUUUUUCAGAUUUAAUGACGAAUCUCAAGACUCCGGAAUCAAGUAAGUACCUGUCAUCUUGUAUAAUUAUUUUAGGAUACUCAUGGAUAAUGGCUCAUUAGAAGAAGGUCAUUGCACUCAGCAAAACGCAUAACCCUCUUGUAAAAAAGAGACAAUGAAUAUGAACAAAUAAACAAGGAAGGAGCGAAGAGAAGCGGAUAACAACGCGGAAAUUCCAAAACGAACUAACCGAAUUUAAGAACCACAUUAUGAAUAUACGAAAAAAAAAUGGCCUUUCACUCACACUUUUAAUCAAAACUAUAGCAAUCUUCUCGAACGUAAUUGGUUAUCACCAGCUCGAUUUGAGCACUGAUAGGACAGUGUACGUGUCAUGCUUAUAAGUGAACGGAGUAGUGGGGCAGAUAACGCGUUAUAUGCGCGCAUUGCUGUUGCGCUCUUCGCCGAGUUAAUUGUUCUUUCGGUUGAACCGAUUGCUAGUUUGUUUUGCAAUUUUUUUUUUUAGUUUUGAUUCUGUGCCGUCCGAUUGUUUGUAAUCAUCCUUGUGAUCAGAAAAGCGGACUCCCAUUCAUCGUUCGUCCAAUUCCGUUAAUCACUGGUAUGAUUACAGACCGAAUAGGACCCCACUCGUUUCUAUUAUCAUUUUUAUUACCAUUAUUAAUCAUUCACCCACUCGGGUCUACGGUAUGUACGAGCUUUAUUAUUUUGUUCUUGUUUCUGUUUUUGCACUUUAGCAGGAGCACCAAAAUUUAGUGAUCCAAACUUGCUGAAGAGAUCGUUCAGGGCAUGGCCUGCAUCACACUCCAUACGACUAAAAUGUCAAGCAAUUGGUGCACCACCGCUCAAAUACAAAUGGUUGAAGGACGGAAAGAUCAUAAAAAAACGACGUUUGGACCCAUAUGUUAAUUCUUCCCUUUGGUACCUGAAACUGCGAGAUCUUGUACCGGAUGAUUCUGGGAGAUACACCUGCAUAGUAUCCAAUCAAUAUGGUUCGAUAAAUCACACUUUUACUCUUCAAGUUGUUGGUAAGUCUAGCAAAUGAAAUUGUCUCUGAUUUAUAAGUUAACCUAUAUGACAUUGUAAGUCAGUCGAUCCGGGAAUAUUUUUCGGUUUUUUUUUCACUUUGUUUUUUGUUUUGUUUUCACUUAAAAAAAGAAAAACAAAUACGGGUAACUAUCACUCUGUUGACUACAGUCGUAAUCUCAAAACUAUAAUGGAUAGACGCAAAAAGAAAAUCCCCGAGAAAAUUAUUUUUUAAGCCUGAAAGAGUGUGUUAAUCCCAAACACUUCAAGAGGGUGGCAUUAUUAGAGAAAAAACUGUUGUAUUUUCGGUACAGGAUGGUGACAAUUACAGUUCAGAGAGAGAAAAAGUACCGAAAGGAAGCCUUAAGACCGCCCGAUAACCAAUGAUGUUAUCGAUAAAGGGAGGCAAAAGAGAUAGUGUGCCAUCCACUAUAAUAUCCACAAGUUUUUUUUUUAGCAAUUUGGGACACAUAAGGAAUCGUAAUUUUCAAGAUUUUGCAAAUUUUUCAGCGUUUGAAUAUUUUUUUUUCUCGCUCCUAAUUUUUACAUCACGAAGUAAUCUUUUUAUAGCUUCAAGUAUCUUCUCUUCAAAAUUAUCUUCCCUUUUCUCAACAGCCAGACCUCAGUCAGCUCCGAUCCUACAGACAGGUCUUCCAAAGAACAAAACUGUGCAAGUUGGAGAUAAUGUGACAUUUACCUGUAUUGUUCUUGUUAGUGGAACUCUCCCGGAUUUCAGAUGGCUUAAAUGGAACAAGUCCGUCAAUUCUAUACCGAAAACUUACAAUGUAAUUUUAAAUGGAUCAUAUCGCCUUAUAGACCCAUACUAUUACAAGACUGUUCGAGCAAAAAAAAAUUAUGGUGUUGAGGUGAAUAUUGUAAAUGUGACCGAGGAGGAUUUUGGACUCUACACUUGCUUUGUGAGCAAUCAUAUCGGCAACGAUUUCAGAAGUGCAUUCCUCAUCAAAUAUGUGAAACCCACGGUUCCUGUGACAGGUCAGUAUCUGUUUAAAACACGCCGCCGUAACCUUUCGUAUCUGCGCACCUAGAUAAAAUGCUUUUAAGUAAAGCAUUUUACAUAAUAGUCGCCAAACGGUUUUUCUCAGAAACGUCUUAUUUAUUCAAACUUUAUGAUUUAAUUCGUUCACUACAAAUUCUCCAAGCCGUUUGCCACACAUUUCUUUCAAUUGUAGUUCUAAACAUGUGGUCUUAAAUCAAACAAUAUCCCCUUUUUCCAAUCACCUUUUGCUUGGCAAUGUAAUGAUAUGGUUAGAAGGAUCACUUCUUAGUCACUCUUAGGAGUUAAAUGGUUAAGAACUGCAACGUGUCUUAGAAUAACAGCCGUCAUUACCACUGUCGCUUAGGCGGGUAGCCAGUAAUCACCCCAGCAACAUAUCCCAAGUGGCCGUUGGAAUCUCUCUUGUGCGAACCCAUGAGCUACAUGUGUGCCCUGUUAGCGAUGACGUGCUGACUAGGUCUAUCCACGUCCGUGGCCGCCACCUUAGCUUACCAGAUUAUCAUCUCUGACUAAUAAUUUCCAUAAGUACUGCAAUUAAUUCGGAAAGUGUUCUACUAGUAACAUACUAUCGAUUGCAAUAGUGCACACGUCUGUGAUUGAAAUUUAACUUUCUAUAAGCCUGGUGAUCUAGAAAACACGUUAUUUUUAUAGCCACGAGAAGUAACACAGUUAACUACCCAAAGAAACACAACAACUGAUAGACUACUGCGAUCUUGACUUUUUUUAUUUGUAAGUAUAACUAUGGUCGUGCUUAAUAAAUUCUGAAGAUUGUUUUGAUUUUUCUUUCGUAGAGACGGAAGCCACAAAACCAACAGAACAACCAUCUUCACCUGAGAAGAUCACAGCAUUUCUCACGAAAAAAGAAAAACCACCUCAAACAGGCCUAAUUAUCAUCAUCCUUCUGUCAGUUUUCUUUUUAAUAGCUAUUAUAGUAAUCGUCGUGUUUGUUUUCUGUUAUCGCAAGAGACUAAAGGAGAAAUUCCCUAAAGGUUCAAAUUCUCAAAAGGAAAUAACUCUACAAAAUAUAGAGGCAAGAAGAGCGUCGUUACACCUUUUAUCGUCAGAACCUAACACACCCAAUCAAACCGAUGGAAUAACUAGAACGUUAAAUUAUGCAGCUCCAAGGAGGAGAUUUAGUUCCAAUGGAUCAACCACUUCUACAGCACCUUUAAUAAGAUGCAGGAAUGGAAGCUAUAGGUCUCGAUUUUCUUCAGGUGUUUCGUCUAGAAUUGAUUCUAACAUCGCUGAAGGUAAGGAACGUUUAUCCGAUGUAUUGAGGGAUGAACCAUGAGGAAACUUAGGGGGUAGGGGUUGGGUUAAAGAAUUGUCGUGUUGCAUGACUAUUUCAUAAAAAGUUUUACAGAAAGAAUUUGAAAGAAUUUUAUUUUCGUUUAGUUUUGAAUAGUCUCUGUACUCAAAAUUACCCGUACAUGUUAUUGAAAAUGUAAAUGUUGUAACUGUUAGCAUCUGGCUUUCUUUUAAUAUCUUAAGAAGGAGAUUCCUUACAUAACUUAAAAGUGUAACGAGAUUAAUGUCUAAUGACGAAUUGUGUUCAAAGUAAAGAAUAAUGGGUGGUACUAUAUAUCAAUUCCUCAAUACAACCAUUUCAUUGAAAUACCAUCAUUUAAACUCUCUUUCAUUACAGAGCUCUAUGAGUUGCCUUGCGACGAAGAAUGGGAAAUCGACAGAUCUCAAAUAACGUUAAGAGAACAGCUUGGUGAAGGUGCUUUUGGUUUGGUCAUGCGCGCUGAUGCCGUGGGUUUACCUGACCUGCCUUCCACAUGCUCAGUUGCAGUCAAAAUGCUCAAGGGUAAGUCAAUGCUUAUUAAUCCUUUUUACUGGAAACGUUGAAAUAAACAAUACUCUCUAAUAGAACUUGAGCUCCGAAAUCAUAAAAUUGGCCUAUCAAUGUCCACUUCUUGAAAAUGAUGCUUGACUUCGACUUGCGUACAGAUAUGUAACUUUCCUUCAACAUGGAUGAAUGUUCCAUCGAAAAGUUGGUGCGAAUUAAAAACACUCUCAUCAACUACUAAGUUCUCCUUGAGAUCAAUAUGCAGCACUUACACUAAACAAAGUGCUAAGCAGAUAAGAUGAGAACGUAUGAACAUGCUCUUCGUGUAAGUGGAACACUCAAUUUAGCAACAAAUAACGUCAAGCUUUUUGUUACUUCCAAAGCUAAAGCGAUAAUAAUAUUUUUGCCUCUAAAUGUUGUAAUUUACAGCUGACGCCACUGAGAACGAAUUAGCAGACCUUUUGUCUGAAAUGGAUACAAUGAAGGAAAUUGGAAGACACAAGAACAUUAUCAACCUGAUAGGUGCUUGCACGCAAAACGGUAAGGCAUACAUAUUUUUCCAAAAAUUAAACCUCUCAUUCGUUGCAAAAGUUAAACAACCUCAAUGUGUUUUGAAAAGAGCACAGAAUCCUUGGCAAUUCUCCAUCAAGUAAAAAGAGAAAAAUUACAAAAUUUCCCUUCAUUAUGCCUAUAUGAAAAUCAAUAACCGCCCUGAAUCUCGUAUCAGAAUCAACAUGCAUUCGCAUCGCAGCAACACUACACCGAGCCCUAGCAGGUAUUCAUCAACUGCAUAUGUUAUGUCUUUAAAAGAAUGGUUAAGACCUUUACUUACAUGUGUUUCAGGCCCUCUGUUUGUCGUUGUCGAGUUUGCACCACACGGGAAUCUUCGACAGUUUCUGAGAGAAAGAAGACCAUCUGAGUAUCAACAACACACACUUGGUCACUCUGGUCCUUCCUUAACUAUGAGGGAUUUCGUCUCAUAUGCUUUCCAAAUAGCGAGGGGAAUGGAGUACUUGGGAACAAGAAAGGUAUAAUAAAUAAAUCCGGAAACAAAUUGUAUCCAUAUAAAUGACUGUAAAUAUAUGAAAAUCAUAUAUAUUAACAGCUCAGUUGGCAGAGCACUCCACCGGUACCGUAGAGGUCAUGGGGUCAGAUCCCGUGCAGGCCUGAAUUUUUUCCAGGCCUUAUUUUCACUACUGCUUAAGUAGUGUUCAUUCCUGAGAAGAUCGCUUUCAUAUUCGUUUAUCCAUAGAAUACUUAAACCAUCCAAAAGUUAACUACUCCUUACAUUGUAUUUCUAACACCAAAUUAUACCUUGACUCAUAAUAGUAGUUGACUUUUUCGAGUUUGUAAUAACAAUUUUGGGUUUUAACGGAGAAAACUGGCAGAACCAAUCCUUCGGUAACGGGCACCUUCCAUUGCCUGGACAUUUCUUAAAGGCCAGAUUUAGCCCUUACAUCUUUAAAUAUCUAUUACUAGACACCUCCUUCUGACCAAAGAUAGCCUGCUUGUCGUCCUAAUCACUGGCGCUUUAACUCUUUCACUCCCAAGAUUUCAUCACAAAUUCUCCUUACUGUCUGCAUGUAGUUGUGAUGUUGUUCUUUUGGAGAGUUUGAUAUUGGAUCAACUAAUAAUCCCCUGAAGUAUUUUCCAUUAUUCUCAUCACACUUCCGCUUGAUAUGGUAUUGGUUAUGUAGGGAGAAAUUAUUUCCUAAUCACUUGUGGAAGUGAAAGGGUUCACACGAGCGUUUCAUCGCCCGCGGGAAAGGAACGCGAGCUGGUGAGAGGCUUGCAAGGGGUCUGCAACUGACUUAUUAUUAUAGGUAUAUUAUUAUAGGUCUUGAAAGCUCGCACUAUCAACUGUAAACAACCAGCCUUUUCGCGUUAAAGACCCAUAACAUUGAUUAACUUCAAGUUCUGAUAAUUUCUUGUGAUUUAAUUCAUUUUUCUGAUGGGCAGUUGCGAUCAGUUUGGGUUUGGUUAUAUGACAGUACUAGUAAGCGCAGGCGAAGUAGCAGUUUUCCCCUUUACUUCUUAGUUUUGAAAAAAGUUUUUAAUCACAUUUUGAAUUCUCUAUAAAUGUAGUGUGUUCAUCGAGACCUUGCUGCCAGAAACAUUCUUGUUGGAGAAGAUUACAUCAUGAAAGUUGCUGACUUUGGUCUGGCAAGAAAUGUGAGAGAUGCGGAGUAUUAUCGGAAAACUACCGAUGUAAGUGUUCACAGUUAUCUUUACAAACUGCGAUUUUGUGAAUUUGUUAACGAAUCAUGUAAUAACUCUGGUAUCUGAACAUGUCUUUUGUUUGCAGGGUCGGCUACCAAUAAAAUGGCUCGCCAUCGAGGCAUUGUUUGACCGAGUUUACACAACACAAAGUGACGUCUGGGCGUUUGGUAUAUUGCUCUGGGAGAUUUUUACCCUCGGUAAGGUCAUCUUUAAGUUAACAUCUUGAGUGAGGAUAUGAACGAGAAAUGGUUGAUACCGUGUGUACUUCCAAUUUUAAUUUCUAUACAAAGAAGUAUAUCGUUUUACCACUUAACUAAAAAAGUGCACACUUCAAUAUCACCUUUGAAUUUCUAGACGUGGGUAAAUGGUCUAAGACAAGACAACAACUUAAGCCGGAAAUUUCUCUUUUCAGGGGGUUCUCCAUAUCCAGGAAUACCCAUAGAAAAGUUGUUCGAUCUACUGAAGUCUGGCUACCGGAUGCAGCAGCCUCAAAAUUGUCCAGAAGAUAUGUAAGUUUAAUUACAGUUAAAUUGUUAUUCGAAGAAAAACGUAAAUAUUCGCAGAAUAAACCAAAAUAUUGCGUUCGAUCUCAAUCCGGAGGAAGGGUUCACCCUCUCUCAAUCUCUUGGUCAAUCUCCAGUCCUCCUGAAAGACAGGAAUCGGGAACGUUGUAACGACUACGACACAGGAAGUCCUCUAUGACCCAAGAUCAUGUUUGUUGGUGGUGUUCACAGCUGUCGCUUGUAAUCCACUCGGGAAGUUGUAAGAAAAAACAGUUAAGUGUUUCCUGUUCUCUUGAUCAUUGUUGACAACGUAAUUGAAUUGGCAUGCAUUAAACCGGAAAGGGGACUCAUGUGACAAUGUCGCUUUAGGCACACUUGUUUCCUGCUCAGUCAAUUUCAAGGCUAAUAUUAGAGGAAAAUCCCAUACUUAUCAACUUUCCUCGAGCGAUCUACUUAAAAGAUUAAGAGGAAGAAGAGUAGCAUGUGAUCUUUGGAACUGAAUUUUUUUAGUUUGGGCAAUUUCAGUUAGGGAGCCGUGAAAAAUUCGAGGGCUUCGCGAUUCGCAUCACGACAAUACUGUCAUGGACGUUUAUCUAUGAAUUUUUUCAAGCAUUUCAAUUUAUGUUUACCACCACCAUGUUGGUGGUUUGGUAUGUUUCCCUUCAUGAAAAUGGAGUUUCAACCCCCAAUUUCUGUUGAUCAUCUUGCAAAAAUUCAACCGUUGGUAAGGUUAAAUCAUAGAAAUGCAACCUUUAACAGGAAGCACAAACUUACAUGUUAAACUGUAGGUUAAGACAGCGACUACGGAGUGCAUUAGAGGAAUAUAACCUUGAAAUGAUAAAUUUUUUCUUAUUUUACAUCGAUUUUCCAGAUAUGAUAUUAUGAUGAAUUGCUGGGAUGAAACCCCCUGCAAACGAAAAUCGUUUACAGAUCUAAGAAAACACUUUGAUGCGAUGUUAUCAAGAAUGACGAGCAAAGUAAGUAUCAGGUUACGACGUGAUUGGGUGGUUGCUUGGCUAAAGGUACUUUUACUGAGCAUUUUUUUUGAGGGGGGUGGAGAGGGGGAAUGCAACAAGGAUCUUCAAACCUGUCAAUUUUUUAUUCAAGACGCCCCCUGAAGGACGUGAUUCUCUUUGGAAGAAUGCACCUAAAACUAAUUUGACCCUCUGUAACUCAAGACCGUUACCUAUGUAAUCUAGGCGGGGAAUUACAACACGAGGGCAUAUCACAGUCACGUGCGUACAUCUAAGAAGCUGUCUAAACAAAUAUAAGUUCAUAAUGUCCUGGGAUCUUAAAGUAAUAAAUGUUUAUCAAAUGAUUAUUAUCUGGCAACAUACGACCUAGAAGUCACUUGUCUAUCUACACUGCAAUAAAAAAUUUAUUAUUCAAUGCUCUGGAAAGGUAUAUGUAACUUUGUUCCUUCCUUACAACUUGAAGUUGAUUACAAUUAAGCAGCUCCAUCAUGAAAACAUUCAAUUAAAGGUUUCUUUAUGUUAUCGUUAUUGAACCGUUGGUAUCAUGCUGACUGUCGUUACGGUUCUGUAAUUUUGCAGGAGUAUUUGCAAAUACUGGCUCAGUCCAUUGACGAUCUGGCUCACGACAUGGAAACACCUAUAACGGACGAUUCUGAUGAAAAUACUGGAAUAAUGCCAGAGUCUACAUGCUAGCAGUAAACGACCCUUUCAUAUACUAGAUUGUUAUUACAUCUCGCUCUUUAAUGGCGGUUGCAACUAAAUUUCCACGCCAGAGGAUUAACCACAAGGGUAUAAUACAAAUAUUAAAGUUGGUUAUGGCGGUAAAAGGAAAAAGGAAGCGGACAAAGAGACAAAAUCAGGACCCAGAAACCAUAAUAUCACAAUACGGGCUAUCACGAAGUUGUUUCAAGCAAGCCGUGGAUAAGAACGCGAAAACACCCGGUUAGCGUGGAGAAAAUGCUGGCUAGAAAAAUAAUUUUUAAGGCCCGGAAUUUAUCAUCUUAUAAUCCACUAAAGUGCUGCAAGGUUACUUUAUCUCCGUUGAAAAACGCGCUUGACACAUAAAACCACAUCAAAUAAUUAAAUUAACAUCCUGUUUGUACAGGUAACAUGUUCUGGGGAAAAACAACGUUUCAACAUCAAAGUUACCCUCAGGAACAGUCUUGCGUUUCAUAGAGAAUGGCACAAUUUUGUGGUUCUUGAAACGAUUUGGAGGUGAAAUUGUUCAUUCAACUCGAAACCCCCCGUUCUUUGGUGGGUGAAAAGAAACUUGCCUACUGAACAAACUUCGUGCCCUGGACUCCAAUGAGUGGUCAAAAAAUUUUUCUCAGGAAAUAUCCUAUAUUCAGCCACCUUCAGUAGACAACAAAGUAGAAGUUUUUCUAACUGAUAAACAUUGUCAGUUACUUCCUCUGUGCGUUACCUCAAAGAAAGUUACGCUAUUGAUAGAAGCGAGAGUCCAGCCUUAGCCCUUUACACCCCAACAUCAGUAUCCAUAUUCUCCAUACUCUUCUUCAUAAGUUUCUUUUGGUGCUGACAAGGAGAAUUUAUUUAAAGAUCAAAGCUUCUUAGGUUGGCGAUCAUUUCCUUUAUGCUCAUAAUCUUAAUAAAUGGUUUAGCAGUAUUAUUGUAAGGAGAAAUUAAAUGCUGGUCACUCUUAAGGAUUCAAGGGUUAAGAGUAAGAGAUUGGCUUACAGAUUUUCAGAAAUGAUAAAACUGUGCCGACUUUAGCAAGUGAGAAAAAUCUUCUAUGCAGUUCUUGAACUCAAGAGGAAUUCCACAGAUAAUAUUCUCUUGAUGAACCAUCAACUCGUGAAAAAUAAUUUUAAAAUUUGUUAGUAUCAAAACAAAAAUCACUCAAUUUAAUCGAGCAUAUUCGUAUUCGUCUUUCAGUUAGUUCUGCCAGAAAGAUGAGCAGAACAAAUCUUGUUUUCUUCUUUUCAAAAACAAGACCAAGUAAUAGUUGUGUAUAAAAGUAACAGAAGCAUUCUCAGAUGAAUGGGGAUGUUUCAACAUACAGAUGUAUCUACAUUCUAUGAAUGAUUACUUUUAUUAAAGAAAUAAUCCAAUUUUCUCUGUAUUUUUUUCUAUUCCCUUUGUUUCAUUUUAAUCUAUUUCUUUUCUCUUUCUUCAUUGACGGUAUC